AUGAACAACUUCAUCCUCCUGGAAGAGCAGCUGAUCAAGAAGUCCCAGCAGAAGAGAAGGACCUCUCCCUCGAACUUUAAAGUCCGUUUCUUUGUCUUAACGAAAUCCAGCCUGGCGUACUUCGAGGAUCGCCACGGGAGUGUGGCUGCCCAGCUACAUGUGUCUAAAGACAUCAUCAUAUUGUACAGCAGCAGUGGCAAUAAAAUCAAAUGGGCAAUUGUGUUCCUUAAAGUUCAGGUCUUCUGUCAGACUGUAACACUAUGUGAAAAAUACACAAGGACAAAUACUAUCAUUUUACAAAUCAAGUGUUCAGCUCAACUGCAGAUAUCCGUGCCCAUUGCCUUACACUCUGAAUGGAGCAAACGUCUAUUUAAAUAUGAAUAUGAAACGAGGAAUAACAACAGCCUGGUGUCCAAGUAUCACCCUAAUUUCUGGAUGGAUGGGCGGUGGAGGUGCUGUUCCCAGCUGGAGAAGCUUGCAGUAGGCUGUGCCCCCUAUGACCCAACCAAGAAUGCUUCAAAGAAGCCUCUUCCUCCUACUCCUGAAGACAACAGGCGGUCACUUCAGGAACCAGAAGAAACCCUGGUCAUUGCCUUGUACGACUACCAAACCAGUGAUCCCCAGGAGCUUGCGCUGCAGUGUGAUGAAGAGUACUAUUUGCUGGACAGCUCUGAGACCCACUGGUGGAGGGUUCAAGACAAGAAUGGGCAUGAAGGGUAUGCACCAAGCAGUUACCUGGUGGAAAAAUCUCCAAAUAACCUUGAAACCUAUGAGUGGUACAAUAAAAGCAUCAGCCGCGACAAAGCUGAAAAGCUCCUUAUGGACACGGGUAAAGAAGGAGCGUUCAUGGUCCGAGAUUCCAGGACACCCGGGACAUACACAGUCUCUGUUUUCACCAAGGCCAUCAUAAGCGAGAACAACCCCUGUAUAAAACAUUAUCACAUCAAAGAAACAAACGACAGCCCCAAACGGUACUAUGUGGCUGAGAAGUACGUGUUUGACUCCAUCCCUCUGCUCAUCAAGUAUCACCAGUACAACGGAGGAGGUUUGGUCACUCGACUCCGGUAUCCAGUUUGCUCCUGGAGGCAGAAAGCUCCGGUCACAGCGGGGCUAAGAUAUGGGAAGUGGGUGAUCCACCCCUCAGAGCUAACUUUCGUGCAGGAGAUUGGCAGUGGGCAGUUUGGGCUGGUGCAUCUCGGCUACUGGCUCAACAAGGACAAGGUGGCCAUCAAGACCAUUCAAGAAGGGGCAAUGUCAGAAGAGGACUUUAUUGAGGAGGCAGAAGUUAUGAUGAAACUCUCUCACCCCAAACUGGUACAGCUCUACGGGGUGUGCCUGGAGCAAGCCCCGAUCUGCUUGGUGUUUGAGUUCAUGGAGCAUGGCUGCCUGUCAGAUUAUCUGCGAAGUCAGCGGGGGCUCUUUGCUGCAGAGACCCUGCUGGGCAUGUGCCUGGAUGUGUGUGAGGGCAUGGCCUACCUGGAGAAGGCGUGUGUCAUCCACAGAGACCUGGCCGCCAGAAACUGUUUGGUGGGAGAAAACCAAGUCAUCAAGGUGUCCGACUUUGGGAUGACCAGGUUUGUCCUUGAUGAUCAGUACACCAGCUCCACAGGCACCAAAUUCCCAGUGAAGUGGGCAUCCCCAGAAGUGUUCUCUUUCAGUCGCUACAGCAGCAAGUCGGAUGUGUGGUCAUUUGGUGUGCUGAUGUGGGAAGUCUUCAGCGAAGGCAAAAUCCCAUACGAAAACCGAAGCAACUCCGAGGUCGUGGAAGACAUCAGCACUGGCUUUCGGUUAUACAAGCCCCGCCUGGCCUCCCCCCAUGUCUACCAGAUCAUGAAUCAUUGCUGGAAGGAGAAACCAGAAGACCGGCCCCCCUUCUCCCAGCUGUUAAGUCACCUGGCUGAAAUGGCAGAAUCAGGGCUUUAGCGGGGACUCACUGACCAGUCACAGCCGUGGAUCCUGACUGAAGGAACAGCAUCCUUUUUUUCCAGAGCAUGAAGGGCUGCCACCAGCCCAGGACCCCCACAGGUCCCUGGACCUUGGUGCCAGGCGCUAUGCAGCUACGACUGCGGCAUCCUAGAAGAGACUGGAGGGCCAGCCACCGAGCCGACGGUUGCACCACAGCAGCAGCUGUGUCUUUGUCCACCCACCCCAGCCUCUUGUCAUACCCUGUACUCAAAG